GCCCUGCCCCCACCCCUGCCCAGGAGGUUCAGCUUCUUCCUACCCAGCUGAGGGCUUCAUCCAGCCUGGUGCUGAGCACCUCCCUGUGCCAACUGUGCCAGGGUCUCCCCACAGCCUCACUGCCAACAGUUUCUCCCUCAUCUCCACUCUCAGCCUCUCCCCUGCCAGCUCAAAGCCAUUGGCACUCCUCCUGGCACUGCCAGCCCUUGCCACGAGUCCCUCCCCAGCUCCCCUGCAGGCGCUGGCAGGCAGCUCUGAGGUCUCUCCGCAGGCUGAACAGGCUUAGCUCUCCCAGCCUGGCCCUGGGGGGGAUGUGCACUUCCCUCCCACUUCCCUCCCACUUCCCUCCCACUUCCCUCCCACUUCCCUCCCACUUCCCUCCCACUUCCCUCCCACUUCCCUCCCACUUCCCUCCCACUUCCCUCCCACUUCCCUCCCACUUCCACCCCAACUUCUUCUCACUUCCUCCCUUCCCCAUCCUUUCCUCCCACUUUGCCUCCCUGCCCCCUGCUUGCUCCCCACUUCCCCUCGCUUCCUCAAACUUCCCCCCCCCACUGCCCUGCUGCUUCCCUGCCACUUCCUCCCCCCACUUCCCUCCCAUUUCCCUCCCACUUUCUUCCCGCUUUCCUCCCACUUCCACUCACUGCCCUCCCACUCCCCUCUUGUUUCCUCCCACUUCCAUCCCUCUUCCCCCCCAUUCCUCCUCUGCUUCCCCUCACUUCUCCCCUGCUUCCCCCCUGCUUCCCCCCACUUACCCCCACUUACCCCCCCGUUUCCUCCCUCUUCCCCUCCACUUCCCCCUCACCUUCCCUGCACUUCCCUCCCACUUCCUCCAACUUCUGUCUUGGUUCCUCCCACUUCCCCCCACUUUCUCCCCCUUCUUCCCUCUUCCCUCCUGCUUCCCCUCGCUCCCCCUUCACUCCUCCCACUUCCCCUCUGCUCCCCCCCUGCUUCCCCUCAACUUCCUCCACAGUUCCUCUGCACUUCUGCCCACCUUGUCCCCCUAUUUCACCCUCCUCCCCCCUCUGCUUCCUCCACCCUUCCUGCUCACUUCCCCCUCACUUCCCCUCGCCUUCCUCCCCACUUCCUCUGCACUUUCCCGGCACUUCCUGCCUCUUUCCUCUCCCCUUCCUCCCCCAACUUCCCCUCCUCUUCCCCCUGCCUUCCUCUCCACUUUCUCUGCACUUCCACCCCCUUCCCCCCUGCUUGCCCUCGCUUUGCCCCCCAGUUUCACCUCCCUCCACCUCCUCUCCCUCUCCUCCCCUCCCUCCAUUUCCUCCUCCCCCCUCCCCCUCUGCUGCCCUGCCCUCUGCCGGCGGCGCUGAGG